AUGGAUUCAAGGGAUUCCUCUGAUCUUAUCGAUUCAAGAUCACCUCCAUGUAGAUCCGAGGAUCAAAGUUUCAGGUUACAUGGAUUCAAGAUGUGGUUCUUCUCUGAAAUUUCAUUUCUAAUGGAUUCAACGAAUAAUUUUUUUCUCCAUGCAAACGCAAGUCCAUCAACUCAACACACCUUUGUUCAGCUUUUGAUCAUUCUCAACAUACCUUCUAUAGCAUCCUUCCUUUUUUGGUUUCUAACUUAUUCUAGAAUAACUUGAAGAACCAUUUUGAGAAAUCAGUGGAGCAACCAAGCCUUGCUCUUCAUGAGAAUUAAAAUUGUCUCCCUUGCAAAACCAACUUCUUAAAUUGUAAAUUCCCUUUAGGCUUAUUUCUUAGUAAUUUGGGACGGCUGGGAUUACUGCAAGGAUGAUCAAAUUCAUUGUAGGCUUCUGAUUUUUAUUUUAAACGAAAUACAAUAGUUCACAAAUAAGUAUAAAAUUAUAUUCUAUUUGAUUUUAUUUUAUUCACUGUGCUUUUCAGAAACUCUUAUCAUAUUGUCUUGUACACCUCGAAUGUUUGUCUGUCAUCUUCAGCUUUCAUGGCAACGAAAAUUUUGCAGUUGCUGGAUCUGAAUAGAUCUUAAGAAGGAUUUUAGUAUCCAGUAAGUACCAAAAACAGUCUUUAUAAGACUUCCAAUAAAUUAGUUAGGAUUUACAUUUUUUUACCAAAUUCUCUUUUCUUUAGAUGAUGAUUAUGCGUCAUGUUCAAGAAAGUUCCCCCUCUAAGUGCCUCUGUCUCACCACAUCCUAUCAAGCUAAGUUAAAUUUUCAGUAGGAAGCGGACGAGGUGAAAUUCAGCUUAGCCUUCCUCAACCUUCAAGCCCUGAUUGAGGGAGUUCUAGCUGGGCGCCCUUCUGCUUGGGAGGUACCCGUUUAAUUGGGGUGCACUCCCGCUCAGAACCUGAAGUGGAGGACGGACGCCGAAACCAGUCAGAUUUUUGGAGCACCUCUUCCUCACCUGCCGUUACGUUUCCUCCGACGUUGCAUCGGCAAACAGCCUGACGUCGGGAGCACCUUUGCUAGAUCCCCGCCGUUGACAUUACUCUCGCGCUGCGUCAUCCGCAACGUGGCAUUAGAAACGGCUCACUGCCGGGUAACAGAGAGAGAGAGACAUGAAAUUUCAUAUAUCCCUUUUUGCUUGCAGGUGUAGGCCCGUCUCGGCUGGUUCCCAGGCGUCAUGGAGGGCAAGCCAGCUUCUAGUUCCCGGAGGAAGGUUACCAUGGAGCUGAUCGCAAAGAAGGAAGCCCGGGAUAUAUGCUUCACCAAGAGGCGGCAAGGGCUGUUUAAGAAGCUCUGCGAGCUCUCAAGGCUCUGCGGCGUCGAUACGCUGGCCCUGGUCAGCUCCUCCGCAGGAAAGCUCUACCCAUUCGGCACCCCUGACGUACCGACGGCGGUGGACAGGUUUCUAAGCUUGCACGCCAACGGCGGUGGUGCCGUGGCGGAGGGCCCCCAGGAGGCGGCGGAGGGGCGGCAAGGGAAGGUCUUGAGGGAACUCUUCGACGAACUUCACUCGUUAGAGACGAGAUUGAGGGAGCUACAGCAGCAACGCGCGGCGCUGGCGCGGGCCGUGGAGGAGAAGGCAUCGCGCCUUCCCCACCGCUGGAGGAGUAAGCCGGCGGAUCUCCCCACUGAAGAGCUCCAGGAGAUGUUGGUGGUGCUCGAAAACCUCCAGGAAAAGUUGAACAACGUGAGCGACGCUCCCGAGGAAACUGCUUCGGGCCCAAAGCAGAUGGAUAUCGAGAGCAUCGUCGACCAGGGCUUCAGUUUCCCUCAUCAUUCUUCAGUUCUCCAGGGCACCGGCGAUGGCUCGCUUAUUCCACUUCCACAGCCUUCGGUGGCCAGUCCAGCUCGCCGGCUGCAACCUUCUGCUCACUACUUGCACCCGCCGGCACCAUUUCUCUCCACAAUUCCUGCGCCGCGGAUGAGCGCUCUCGCCUCCCCAGGUAUCACUGCCUUUGAGCAAUCCUUUCCUCCGCUCUCAGAAAUCCACUUCGCCCCAUGGAACCUUCCCUGUCUUCCCAUUCCUUUCCUUUCAUCCGCACCCAUUUCUGUGGGCUUCUCGGGUGGAGCUCCUGCGAAUGUGGGGAGCCCUCAAUAUCCCCCCGGGCCUUCAUCUUUCCCUGGGUUUCACGACAGCACUCUCUACGUUCCCAUAUCAUCCAUCGUCCCUGUUCCAUCCCCGGACAAUCCGUCAGCCUUCUCGGUCCGCAUGAGCGACUGGGAGGCCCCUGUGAAGCCUUAUAGCGGGACGCUGCUCCUGUUGGAGUCGGUCGCCGGCAGCUCAUCGAGUCACGCGCAGGAGGACAACCCUGAGAGACGGCAACUCGGCGACAUCUCAGGCCUUGAAGGAUUUUGGGAGAAUGGAGCAAGUUCCGGAGCGGAUACAGAGGGGACGGAUGACGGCAGCUCCACAUCGAGCUUCGAUUACAUGGAUUUCCUCGACAUACCUGCCGACCAGGACUAG